CUUCCAGUCGGCUUCCGCCCGCUGGCUUCCGCCCGCUGGCUUCCGGCUUCCGUGCGGCUACCGCCCGCCUUCCGCCCGCCUUCCUUCCGGCUUCUGUCCAGCUUCCCUCUGCUUUCGCCGGGCGCAACCCGCGGCCAGGGGACGAAUGCUACCAAAACGGCGGCGAGCGCGGGUCGGGACCCCGGACACCGCCCCCUCCUCCGCGGCACGCUUCCCUGGGGCCACUGUCUACCUGGCUGAGCCACGCAUGGGCCGCAACCGCCGGGCCUUCCUCACACGCCUGGCUCUCUCCAAGGGCUUCCGCGUCCUGGACGCCUACAGCUCAGAGGUGACACACGUCAUGAUGGAGGGGACCUCAGCAGAGGAGGCCGUCUGCCAGCAGGAGAGCAGGACGGCGGCCCUUCACCCAGGAUGCACCCGCCCAGUGCUCUUAGACGUAAGCUGGUUCACGGAGAGCAUGGCGGCCGGGCAGCCAGUCCCUGUGGAGUGCCGGCACUGCCUGGAGGUGGCUGUGUGCGGGAAGGGGCCGCCACGCCCAGCAUGGAGGCUGCCCUGUGCCUGCCAGCGGCCCACACCCCUCACGCACCACCACGCCGGCCUCUCGUAGGCUCUGGAGACGCUAGCGGAGGCCGCGGGCUUCGCCGGCAGUGAGGGCUGCCAACUCUCCUUGUGCAGAGCAGCCUCAGCACUCAAGGCCCUUCCCAGCCCGGUCACGGCCCUGAGCCAGCUGCGUGGCCUGGCCCACUUUGGAGAACGCUCGUGCAGGGUCGUGCAGGAGCUGCUGGAACGCGGAGUGUGUGAGGAGGUGGAGAGAGUCCGGCUCUCGGAGAGGGACCAGGCCAUGAAGCUCUUCACUCAGAUCUUUGGGGUCGGGCUAAGGACCGCUGACCGGUGGUACCAGGAGGGGCUGCGGACGCUGGACGACCUCCGAGAGCAGCCCCAGAGACUGACCCAGCAGCAGAGAGCAGGACUCCAGCACCACCAGGACCUGAGCACCCGGAUCCUGCGGUCAGAUGUGGAGACCCUGCAGCAGGCGGUGGAGGCAGUCGUGGGGCAGGCCCUUCCUGGGGCUACAGUCGCGCUGACCGGCGGCUUCCGGAGGUCAGGGGACUGGCCCCCUCAGGGCCACGACGUGGACUUCCUCAUCACCCACCCCCAGGAGGGCCGGGAGGCAGGGCUGCUGCCCAGAGUGAUGUGCUGCCUGAAGAAGCAGGACCUUGUCCUGUACCGCCAGCACCAGCGCAGCCGGCAGGCAGACGACCCCACCCACCUGCACCGGCAGAGCCACACCAUGGAUGCCUUCGAGGGGACUUUCUGCAUUUUCCACCUGCCACAACCCCCAGGGGAUGCUGUAGGGGCGCCCAGAGGCCCUGCCCCACCCGACCACCUGGUGGUCACCCCCAUCAGCCAGUUCCCCUCUGCGCUACUCGGCUGGACUGGCUCCAAGGUAGGGAGUGUGCUGCUGCGACCACCCUGGGGUCUGGGGUUGGUGGCCCUGCUGAUGCAGUCACUCUUCCCCCCGUGUUUCGAGCGGGAGCUGUGCCGCUUCAGCUGGAAGGAGAGCGAAGGGCUCUGGCUGAACAGCCAUGGUCUGUUUGAUCCGGGGCAGAAGACGUUUCUCCACGUGGCUUCAGAGGAAGAUAUCUUCAGACUCUUGGGCCUUGAGUACCUUCCCCUCCAGCCGAGAAAUGCCUGAUCCUAUUAGCUGGCCCCCACUUCCGCUCUCUGGAAAUGGAGGGCGCCAUUUGAGCCAGACGCUGUGGGUAUUCUGGUCCCUGAAUGUUUCCAGGUGGAAGAUGCACUGCUGCCCCAAGUCCUCACCCCUCCCAAGUGGGAGCCCUGUCUGUGUGGACCACCAGCCCCCCACAUACACCCAGUUCAAGCUGUCAUGAAAUGAGCAUGUGGAACAAACUAAGCUGUAUUUUCUGAACGUGUUGCUGGUGUGGGUGACCGGGGAGCAUGGGCAUUGGUUCUGCCCAGAGGUCUGCUACGGGGUGCUGGUGAGGGUGGGGGAUGUGGACCUAAGACAAAUAGACUUCCAGUUAUUUCUCCAACAAAAAUGGGUUUAUUCAGGAUCAGCAGAGAAUGGGUCUGCAGCCAUGGCAAGCCAUGUUCAAGUCCCCAGCAAAAAUGGAAAGGAAAACGCUCUUACAGAGGGGAAAAGGAAUUUGGGAAGGCUAUAGUAAACAAGAGUCCAUGGCUUUUCAUUGGCCGAGUCCUCGUCAGGAACGAAGAGGAGAUCUUUCUUUCUGUUGGGCUCUGCUACCAUCACAGGGCAUGAGCCCUCCCCCUUCUGGUCUCCCAACUCUUACUAAUGUUUUUACACUUCCCCUUUCGAUCAAGAUGCAUCUCUGAAAGCAUCACUAAUCUGAGUCAGGCUUUCCAGUUUCAGGGUCUUUUUGUCCCUCAAUACAAGGAAGGACGUUUCCUGGGUGUAGUGUCCCACGUCAGAAUGAAAGUGCACAGAUUGGAGAUCUAUUGAGGUUAUAUUUAAGUAACAAGGAGGGGUAGGAGGGACAACCCUUAGGCACUUUUUAUCUGAAGUCCGUGUCUUUUACCAAGAUCCUAAACGGUAGAGAUUAUCUGAAGCCUUAUGUAAUCAAAGGUCUGGUGACAAAAUUCCAACAGGCCUAAUCUGAAUAUCUUUGGAAAGCUGGCUCAUCGGAUGUUGUCUGCUACAGUUCAGGGAAGUCUUUACUUUCAGGUCACCAGAUGAUUUGCAGGUCCAGACAGGGUUUGGUGCUUUCUUUAGGUGUGUCAUGUGAAUCCAAGAGUUGUAUUCCUUGGAGUUUUGCAGCACAAGGGUUGGUUAGCAGUACCUGAUAGCAGCCUUUCCAGCAAGGUUGAAGAGAGUCCUUCUGGAGGUGUCUUUUCCAAUAGAUGAAACCUGCAGGUUGCAGAGUGUGAUGUUUAAGGUUUUCAUCUCCCAAGAGUGCACUGUGAAAAGGUUGCUUACCAAAACAUGGUUAUUUUUAAUAGAAGCAAUUAGGCCUUUGCAGUAUUGGAGUAUCUCUCUUCUUAUUGGUUGUGGGUCAAAAGAGGCAGGAGCCGGGCUUCCCUGGUGGCGCAGUGGUUGGGAGUCCGCCUGCCGAUGUAGGGAACGCGGGUUCAUGCCCGGGUCUGGGAGGAUCCCGCAUGCCGCGGAGCGGCUGGGCCCGUGGGCCAUCAGCCGCUGAGCCUGCGCGUCCGGAGCCUGUGCUCCGCAACGGGAGAGGCCACAGCAGUGAGAGGCCCGCGUACAGCAAAAAAAAAAAAAAAAAAGAGGCAGGAGCCAAGUGCACUGGGCAUCCUGUGACUACCUCAAAGGGUGUAAAAGUUCCAAAAGGGGUGGGUCUAUGAUUUAGAAGGACCAACAGCAAUGCUUUUGACCAAGGUAUUUGGAGGGCCUCUGCACGUUUUGCCAGUUGAGUCUUAAUAAUGCUGUUAGUGUGUUUGACCAAACCAGAGGAUAGGGGAUGGUAAGUGCAGUGAAAGUGUAAAACUGGCCAAACAGCACAGACUUUUUGAAGCACCUGGCCAGUGAAAUGGGUUCCUCUGUCAUCAUGAAGUUGAAGCGGAGUUCUCCAGGUAGGGAUAAUCUUUCCCAAGGCACUUGAGUCACAGAAGAGGUAGUAACCUAUCUGCAAGGGCAAGCUCCAGUCCAGUGUGAAAACAUACAUACCAUGACUAAAACAUACUUACAUCCACGAAGUGGAGGAAAUUGUAUGAAAUCCAUUUGCCAGAUCUCAAAUGAUCCAUCAGGCAAUUUAAAACGUCCAGGAGCAGUACAAUCAGACUUCCCUGGGUUGUACUUCAGACAAGGGGAGCAAUGAGUAGGUGCUUUCUGUGGCGUUGCUAGUGUUUCCCCACCAGUACUGACGCAUGAAGGCUGUCAUUUUGUUAGGCCAGUGGUUUAAUGCGUGUACAGUGGUGAGGAGUGGGUAGGACUGGGUUGUUAGUUGGCCUGAACCAGAGCUUUCUCUUUUUUAUCAAACCAACAGUCGUUGAAUUCCCAAUCUUGUUUUUCUUUUCCCGAGGCCAGUUUUUGGGCUUCCCGAGCCAGUUUUUCAAGGUAUCACUUGAGGAAAUAUCCCUUUGGACCAUGACAGAAGUUUAGCUGCUGUGGUUCCUUUAAAGGCGGAAUUCCUUGCAGAAAUUUCGGCAAGGUGAUUUACCUUAGCUUCCAGAGAGUCCAGUUUAGAAUGCCCUGGAAUCUUACUAAUAACUCAAGGGUGGAUAAAAAUGUUACAUCCAAUAAUUCCUGAACACGGGGGCCAUUUUAAAUUUUAUUUCUGCUGGAAAUAGGGAAGCCACAUUGCUUCCACAACAUUCCAAAAUCAUGAGCUACUCCGAAAACGUAUCUACUGUCGAUAUAGAUAUUGGCAGUUCUGUCCUUGGCUAAAGUACAAGCCUGUGUGAGAGCAUAUCAUUCAGCCUGUUGGGCCAAAGUAGCCGUAGGUAAAGAUGCUGCCUCAGCAACAUCAAAAGAAGUUGCAGUAACAUCCCCAGCACAACAUCUGCCAUUGUCCCCUUUUAAAUAAGAACCAUCAGUGAAUGUGAGAAGUCAGUGUUACCGACUGAAAUUUCCUAGACAUCAUUAUGAGGAGUCAGGAGGUGGUCUGUCAGGGUUAAGCAAGGGUUAAGCAGUUGUGAGGGACUUCCUCAGUGACAGAGGAGAGGAGAGUAGCAGGGUUAAGGUUAUUACAACGUAGAAGAGUUAUGUGAAGAGCAGCUGACAAAAGGACUCCAAAGGAGGUGAGACGGCUGACUGAGAAAUGUUGAGUGUGAUGAGAAUUCAGGAGGGCUAUUGCAUGAGGUCCAGAAAUGAUUAAAGGAGAUCCCACAAUGAUUUUCUCAGCGGCCUUAACCACAAGGGCAGUGGCCGUGAUGGCUCGAGGCGAGAAGGGUAUUUCCGUGUUACAGGGUCCAGUUGCUGGCCAUAAUACCCUAUGGGUCGACGGGGGUCUCCUUGUUUUUGGGUGAGUAUCCCAAGGGCAUUCCCUUCUUUUUCGUAUACAAAAAGAGCAUCUGAUCAUUGGGGCGCCUAAGGGCAGGUGGGUUCUUCAAACUCUCCUUUAAGUCCUUAAAAUCUGUGUAUCUGGUUCUUCCCAUAAAAUUGGAUUGGAGUUGUGCUUCAGUAAAACAUACAGAGGUUUGGCCAUGAGAGAGAAGUUUGGAACUCAAUUUUGGCAAUAACCAACUAGGCCAAGAAAACCUCACAGUUGGUGCUUAGUUUUGGGUUUAGAGAAACUUAGCACACCAGGACGUCUGUCUGGAACUAAGUGUAGCCCUUGUUCUGAUAUCAGAUGCCGUAAACAAUGAACCUGGGUUUGGGGCAAACUGCAAUUUAUCCUCACUGCCGUAUGUCCCUUUAAGGCUGAAAUCGUUAGCAGGUGGAUGAUGACUUCCAGUGAGGAGGUUUGAGAAAGAGCAAAGAAGCAAAUCAUCCACAUAUUGAAGCAAAGUAGAACCUCUAGGGAACUUUGUAUCAUCCAGAUCAGCCUUCAGGAGUUAGGAGAAAUAAGGACUCUCAGUAAAACCAUGAGGUCUUACUGUCCAGGUGAAUAGGUUUUCUUCUCAAGUGAAGGCAAAAAGUUAUUCGCUACGUUCAACCAGAAUGUUACAGCAUGCACUGCCUAAAUCAAGUUACAGUAAAGAAUUUACCUCCUAUGAGAAUGACUGUUAGGAACGUAUGAAAGGAGCAACAGGGUGUCAAGGGAUAGCUAUGUUGUUUAUUACUUGGAGGUUCUGGACAGACCUACACCCUUGGCUUUUAGGUUUCUUCAUCUGUAAAAUGGGAGUAUUACAAGGGCUAGUACAAGGGCUAAUGAGGCCCUCAACCUUGUAAUCUUCAAUUACGGGCUUUAUGCCUGGGAUGGCUUCUUUACUUAUACAUUGUCAAUACUGGGAAGAGAUUUUGAGAGAUCUGUUUGAAUCUCGAUGGGAGAUAUGCUGUGAAUUUUGCCAGUGUCAGUGGAGAUUUUGCCCAUAAAAAUGAUGGUAGCCAAUUCAAUAGGGACAAAUGAUCUGUGUUUCCAGAAUCAGCUCUAGUAUCAUCAGAGGUGGAGCAAAUGAAAGAUAUCAAAGAAUCGUUUAAUUCACAUUGUUGUUUACUCUGAUGACUACUGUCAAAUUCUGGAAUUAUUUCCCCCUUUUGGGAGAAAGAACUUCUGGCCUGAUGCUUCUCUAAGAAGUCUCGGCAUAAUAAAUGGAUAGAGGUGGAGGAACUAAGAAGAAAAGUGUGUGUAUCUCUCAGAGGGCCUAAACAGAGUGGAAUAGGUUCAGAGACAGGAGCCUGUUGAGGUUCAUUGGAGAUCCCCACUAUUUGAACUGUUUACUCUGAGGCAGGGGCUGCUUUAUAGUAGUGGGGCUGAGCCUUGAGAGUGGCUCCAAGUGUCAAUUAGGACUGAAGAGAUUCGCCCCCAAUCUGGAGAAACGUUUCUCUAAGCCAGUUAAGAGGGAAGAUUGAGAAGAGCCCCGUUGUUGAGAAUUGGGAGGAUGGUGGAAAAGCUGGUUAGAAGACUGAAGGUGCCUGAAGCACUUAGAUUUGUACAGUCUCUUUUCCGAAGUCUAGGCUCUUUGCAACAAUAGCAGAAAGUAGGGCCUAAACUAGGACCUAUUUGACCUAAAACAAAUAGGAGGGUUUUGGUUUCAUUUAGGAGCCUUCAUUUGCUGGAGUUGAAGAUAAAGGAGUUUAGCUAUCUCCCUUUUAGGUGACUCCUCUAAGAAAGUGAGAGAACUGGUUUUCAAGAUUAACUAAAUUUGGAGUGGACACAGUUUUUCAUUCCAUCCUGUUCCUUUUUGCUAGAAGGGAAAGGUCCUGCUUCAGCCCACAUAGAGUUAAAAGCUGCCUGGGUAAACAUAGAGUUAAAAGCUGCCUGGGUAGAAUUAACAUCUGAAGGAAGAUCAGAAUUUUCUUUAAAAACAAUGUGAAGUCAGUUGUUAAUAGUCACGAACAGAUUCAUUAGAUUACUGUGUGCAAGCCUGCAUUUUGUUCCGAUCAACAGGCUUUGGAAAAGCUGCAGGAAUUGCCCCAUGAAGUCGCCUAGCAUUGCCUGAGCCUGAUCAUGUAAGUUAGCAGGGUGGUCUCCCGGUUGUAAUUCUAAAGGCCUUUUAGGAUUUUCCCAAGUAGCAGUUCUCAUCCAAUGCUGGGCCUGGCCUUCACCGACAAGCAUGUGAACUAGCUGAUGUAAGUCAGAGAAACCCGGUUGCUGAGUUUGAAUGACUAUAUUAAAUUCCUCAGCAAAUCUGUGAGGAUCUUCAGUUACUUUGGAAACAUCUUUGACUGUGGCUCACAGUUCACCCUUAGUCCUGGGAGUAUACGAAAUUAAGGGUGUAAGUCUGGAUUCUUAGGAGGCUUAAUUUUAAAGGGACAGGUUCUGAUAAGUUCAGGGGAAAAGCGAGUGGGGAGAGUUUUAGAGAAAAAGGGAAGUUCAGUGAGAGAAUUAGUAUGGGGAACUGAGGAGCUAGAGCAGGUGUAGGUGGCCCAGAAGAGCAGGAAGUUGGCACUGGAGGCAUGGCCUGAGCACAAGGGGCUGAGGGAGGGAGACAGGAUGUUGCUGGAGGUGGAGCCUGGGACAAAGCAGCCAAGGAAGAAGAGCCUGAGGCUUUGGGAGCCCUUCUAUCUUUUUAAUGAUUUGUUUGCCUCAAAGUCUUAUUUUACAGAAAGUCAGUUUUAGGCUUCUGCUAACAUUUGGAAGCCUCAAAAUACGCAUUCCAUUCAGUUUUGGAAAUUUUAGGGCUCUGAUAGUCCAAUUCCGUUUUAAGAAAAGUAAGCUCCCCAUAAUGGCCAUCGAUAUUCUAGAUUGAAUUUGGUGAGGUGGGUCCAUUUAGUUAGAAAUUCUCAUGAGGAAGGGCUACAGUUUUUAAACAUGAAAUCAGCCAGACGGACAUCCCUGGUGGUCCAGUGGUUAAGACACCACACUUCCACUGCAGGGGGCAUGGGUUCGAUCCCUGGUUGGGGAGCUAAGAUCUCGCAGGCUGCACUGCAUGACCAAAAAAUAAAUUAACAACAAAAAAAUAUCAGCCAGAGUCCCUGUAAGGUGGGGGGCGGGGGCUGCCCUCAAAAUAUUUAGAUAAUUGGGAUCCCAUUUUUCAGCAGUUUUUCUCUAGAGUAAGAGGAUAAUUUUUAAAAAGUCUAAACAUUUCAAGCAGCUUACAGCUUAAACAGCUUGCAGCCCAGACAGUUCAAAUAUCUCUAACAGCCUGCAGGCCUAAUACCAGCCAGUUCUAAAGGAAUAGGUUGGUCCUAGAGGAGCCAGGCCAAAGGCUUCUCAGCAGAGUUCCAACAGAACAGCCCCUAUUCUAAAGGAAUGGCCCGAAGGCUGAACUGGCACAGUUCUGACGAAAUAGCCUCAGUUCCCAAAGGAAUGGGCUGAAGCCUAGCCAGUUCCAGUUGGAACAGUCUGAUUUCAAAAUCAGAUGUGUACUUGAGUACAGAACAAGGCCUUAUCCAGAAAGGACAAGACCUUAAAAUAGAUCCCAGGUAAAGCCUGGAGAGCUUCAAAGAGGGCAGAGGCUCAGAUCCAGGAGAAGUACCUUCAAACUCCAGGGUCAGUGAGAAAAUCAGAGCAGCAAUGGGCUCAUGUGGGAACUGCACCUGUUUACUUACAAGCCCAUCAGGGGUCUUCUCUGGAUCCCUGUACAAGUCACCAAAAUGUUGACCUAAAACAAAUAGACUGCCAGUUAUUUCUCUAGCAAAAAUGGGUUUAUUUGGGAUCAGCAGAGAAUUGCAGUUCAGGGUCUGCAACCACGGUGAGCCACAUGCAAGUCCCCACAUGGCAAAGGAAGGAGGGGGAAAAGGAAGUUGGGAGGCUGUAAUAAACAAAGAGUCCCUGUUUUUUAAUUGGCUGAGUAGUUGCCAGGAUUGAAAAGACUCUUUCUUCUUCCUGUUGGGCUCUGCUAUUGUUGCAGGGUGUGGGAGCUCCCUUUCUGAUCUCCCAGCUCCAUUUAAUUGAGGUUUCUGUUUAUUAAUUUUUUACAGGGGCAUCAUAGCUCUGUGACCCGUGGCCAGAGGCCUCAGGCUCCUCCCCUGUAGAGCAUGGACCUGAAUGGGGCUUUGUUUCUGGGGUUGUUGUUAUAGAGCCUGAGGUAGUGGGUGGCUUUGCACAGUGCCUGAUUCAGCUUCUAGCCUCAGGGCCUCUGAGCUGAGAGGUGGAGGCGGGUCUCUUGCCUGCUCGGAAUCUACCUCGGGCUAAAGGGUGUGCUGGGGUGGGAGGAAGAGAACUUUCAACGCUGACCCACCACCUCCUGCCUGGGUUAGGUCUGUAUCUCCCAACCAGGCUUCCUGUCUCAACCUUUGCUCCUUUAAGGUCUGUCCUCAAAAGUCUUAAAAACAGGUCACAUGGUAUCUUUUACUCCUUGCUCAAAGCCCUCCAGUGGAUCCCCACCUCUCAGUAAAGCCAAAGUCCUCACAGUGGCCCCUGGGGGCCUCCACCUGUCUUAUCUCCGGCACUACCCCUCUCUCAAGCCCCACUGCCCUGUGAUGAGCAGGUGUGCUCCUGCCUCACUGCUUUCCUACUUGAACCAUCCUAGACACCCAUGAGGCCAGUGGGUGUUUCAUCCUCUCACUGAGGGGGGCCGGCCACGUGGUGGUCUUUCAUCCUCAAAUCCCCUGGCAUGCUCCUUGCCAUAGGGCCUUUGCCCUUGCUCUACUCUCCACCUGGAAGUGAUCUUCCAACUCAAAAGUCUCUUUAUCAGGUGAUAACUUCCUUGGCUAAUCACCACAUAAAAAUUAUAUUUUUUUAAUUAACAUGCUGUAAAAUUGACUCUUUUGGUGUAAAGGUUUAUGAGUUUUAACACACAUUUAGACCCAUUCACCUCCACCAAAAUCAGGACAGCCCCUCAUUCUGUCCCACUGUGGUCAUAUGCUCUCCCACUCCAAGCCCACCCAUUUGGUUUUUCUGUGUCUCUACAGUUUUGCCUUCUCCAGAAUGUCGUGUAAGUGGAACCUGACUAUUUGUAACCUUUUGAGACUGGCUUCUCUUACUCAACAUGCCUUUGAGAUUCAUCUAAGUUCCUGCUAUUCCUCUUUCUUUCUUUUUUUAAGAAGAUGUUGGGGGUAGGAGUUUAUUAAUUAUUUAUUUUUGCUGUGUUGGGUCUUCGUUUCUGUGUGAGGGCUUUCUCUGAUUGUGGCAAGCGGGGGCCACUCUUCAUCGCGGUGCGCAGGCCUCUCACUAUCGCGGCGUCUCUUGCUGCGGAGCACAAGCUCCAGACGCGCAGGCUCAGUAGUUGUGGCUCACAGGCCUAGUUGCUCCACGGCAUGCGGGAUCCUCCCAGACCAGGGCUCGAACCCGUGUCCCCUGCAUUAGCAGGCAGAUUCCUUGCGCCACCAGGGAAGCCCUAUUCCUCUUUCUUGUUGCAUAAUAUUCCAUGCCAUGGAUAGUCCACAGGUUACCCAUUCACCUGUUGAACAUUUGAGUUGUUUCCAGGUUUUGGUGAUUAUGAAUAGACCACCUCUAGACAUGCAUAUGCAGGUUUUUGUGUGAACAGAGCUUUUCAUUUCUCUUGGGUAAAUAAUAAGUCAUAGGAUCACCAGGUUCGAUGAUAAGUGUAUGUUUAACUUCAUAAGAAAGUGCCAAAUUGUUUUCCAUAAUGGCUGUAUCAUUUUGCACUAGUGAGGAGAGCCACACGUGUAAGUUAAACAUGUACCAGUCGCCAGGUGCUCUGUAUCCUUGCCAGCACUUAGUAGUUUCAGUAUUUAACUGCUCUAGUAGAUAUGUAACAGUAGCUCAUUGUGGUUUUAAUUUGCAUUCCCCCAGUGUCUACAAAAGUCAGCCAUCUUUUCACUGGUUUAUUUACUGUCUGUAUAUUCUCUCUGGUGCAGUGUGUGUUCAAAUUUUUGCCCAUUAAAAAAAAAAUUGAAUCGUUGGCUUU